AUGGCCGCAGUUGAGUACGAACAAUGGCAAGAAGACACGCACUUGCAAUCUGAAGAGCCACAGAUGUACGAGAUUACUCCGGACUAUGUGAAUAUGCUGACUUCUCCGACAGAUGGCUUUCUUUGUGAGCUGGAACACAACGUCUACAACAUUCAAUUUGUGAAUUUCAAAAUCAGGUGCCUUGACGAAGGUCAAGAGCGCGUCCUUUUUGAUUUGGGUGCAGGGGACCUCCCCGCACCACCGCCACCUGACAUUGGUGAGAAUGCAUGCCGUUUCAUCCGCUACCACUUCGGACCCGAGUUUUUGGGCAUCCACAACAUUGGUACAACUCUUGAGUUCACCAACGGUGACUAUGAAGUACACAAUUUUAGAAUGAUUGAGCGACACUACUUCCGAGAUCAACUCAUCACAAGCUAUGACUUCACCAUGCCUUUUGUAAUCCCCAACACUAGGAACACAUGGGAGAUGAUCUACACCAAGCCAGAAUUCACGGACGAGUGGAAGGAAGCAUUGACGUCAAGCCCGUGGGAAGUGCGUUCAGACAGCUUCUACUUUGUCAACGACCGCUUGAUCAUGCACAACCGGGCUGAGUACAACUACUGCUGA